UUUUUUUUAAGGUACUUGAUUUCACUAAUACUCUUUUGGAGAUUGAAGGAGCAAGUGGACCUUGUGCCUCCUAGUCUCAAAUAUUUGCAAUUCGGCCGAUUUCUUAAAAAUGGCUUCUUGUUGCUCACGAGAGUGAUAGCUGUGACAUUUUGUGUGACCUUAGCUGCAUCAAUGGCUGCAAGGCUUGGACCAACACAAAUGGCUGCAUUUCAGGUCUGCUUGCAAGUAUGGCUUGCAACUUCUCUUCUAGCCGAUGGUUUGGCUGUUGCUGGGCAGGCAAUACUUGCAAGUGCAUUUGCUAGAAAGGACUACAGUUGGGCAACUGCCACUGCUUCCAGAGUGCUACAGGUUUUCAACUUGUCAUCUCAGUUUGUUGCAGCAACUCAACCUAUCAAUGCAUUAGCCUUUGUUUUCGAUGGAGUCAAUUUUGGAGCAUCUGAUUUUGCGUAUUCAGCCUACUCAAUGGUUACAGUGGCUAUUGUAAGCAUCAUUGUUCUGCUCAUUCUUUCAUCAAGCAACGGGUUUGUCGGAAUCUGGAUUGCGUUGACAAUAUAUAUGAGCUUAAGGGCACUCGCUGGAUUUUGGAGAAUUGGAACUGGGACAGGGCCUUGGGAGUUUCUCAGGAGCUGAUUUAUAUAUUAAUCAUGCAAUAAUGCAGCUUUUUGGUGGGGUUUAAGCCCUCAGGAUGUGUUAUAAGUGUUAUAUGUAAAGAAAAUAAGUUAUAUUUUUGUUAUGUCACUGUAUUGGGUUUAUAGUAUAAGAUAAGAUUUUGUAUGGAGAAAAUGAGGAUGUAAUAUGGACAUAUAUGUGCUGCAAGAAAAGUUGAUUGUAACAUAAAUUCCAAGCCUGAGUUCAAUACCCAAACAACCAAACCUGCAGUUAAGCAAAUCUUUACAAGAAUAAAAAGAAAACAUGGGUCACAGAGAGAGAGAGAUCACA